GCCGGGAGCCCGGACCGGGCGGGGGCGCCGACGUGCCUCUACCUGCCAGUUCAAGGCGGCGGGAGUGAGGAAAAAGGCUUAGGGCCCAGGGGGCGGGGAAGGGGGGCCGGGCCUGGAUCCGGCGGGGAGGCCGAGCCCGAGGCCCGACUGCGGCUCGCGCGGUUCCGGGGACACGAAGCGAACGUUGGUAGCGCGGCUCGAACGCCGGCGGCGGGUGAAAGACGGGGGCCCGGCGGGGCGCGCGCGGGGACCAUGGCGUCGGUGCAGGCGUCCCGCCGCCAGUGGUGCUACCUGUGCGACCUGCCCAAGAUGCCGUGGGCCAUGGUGUGGGACUUCAGCGAGGCCGUGUGUCGGGGCUGCGUGAAUUUCGAGGGCGCGGAUCGCAUCGAGCUGCUCAUCGAUGCCGCCCGCCAGCUCAAGCGUAGCCACGUGCUCCCCGAGGGUCGCUCGCCCGGGCCCCCGGCCCUCAAGCACCCGACCACCAAGGACCUGGCGACGUCCGCUGCGCAGGGCUCGCAGCUGCCGCCCCCUCAAGCCCAGGCCCAGCCGUCGGGGACAGGAGGUGGUGUCUCCGGCCAGGACCGCUAUGACAGGGCCACAUCUUCCAGUCGCCUCCCCUUGCCCUCCCCUGCCCUGGAGUACACGUUGGGGUCGCGCCUGGCCAAUGGGCUGGGCCGUGAGGAUGUGGUGGCAGAGGGGGCAAGAAGGGCCCUGCUUGGCUCCAUGCCUGGCCUGGUGCCCCCCGGGCUGCUGGCAGCUGCGGUGUCUGGCCUGGGAAGCCGGGGCCUGACGCUGGCACCCGGCUUGAGUCCUGCCCGGCCCGUCUUCGGCUCGGAUUUCGAGAAGGAGAAGCAGCAGAGGAAUGCGGACUGUCUGGCAGAACUGAACGAAGCCAUGCGGGGCCGGGCGGAGGAGUGGCACGGGCGCCCCAAAGCGGUGCGGGAACAGCUGCUGGCGCUGUCUGCCUGCGCCCCCUUCAACGUCCGCUUCAAGAAGGAUCACGGGCUGGUGGGACGGGUGUUCGCCUUCGAUGCUACUGCCCGCCCGCCGGGCUUCGAGUUCGAGUUGAAGCUCUUUACUGAAUACCCCUGUGGCUCUGGCAACGUGUACGCAGGCGUCCUGGCCGUGGCUCGCCAGAUGUUUCAUGAUGCUUUGCGAGAGCCGGGCAAGGCCCUGGCCUCAUCAGGCUUCAAGUACCUCGAAUAUGAACGCAGGCACGGCUCCGGGGAGUGGCGCCAGCUGGGUGAGCUGCUUACCGAUGGCGUCCGCAGCUUCCGAGAGCCAGCGCCCGCCGAGGCCCUGCCACAGCAGUACCCAGAGCCCGCCCCGGCAGCUCUGUGCGGCCCACCCCCGCGAGCCCCCUCCCGGAACCUGGCACCCACACCUCGCCGCCGUAAAGCGUCCCCUGAGCCCGAGGGCGAAGCGACUGGGAAGAUGACCACCGAGGAGCAGCAGCAGCGUCACUGGGUGGCGCCCGGUGGCCCGUACUCCGCCGAGACCCCCGGUGUGCCCUCACCCAUCGCAGCCCUGAAGAAUGUGGCCGAGGCACUGGGCCACUCCCCCAAGGACCCGGGAGGGGGUGGGGGCUCUGUGCGUGCUGGGGGGGCUAGCCCUGCAGCCUCCUCCACCGCCCAGCCCCCAGCCCAGCAUCGCCUGGUGGCCCGUAACGGUGAGGCAGAAGUCAGCCCCACGGCUGGGGCAGAAGCUGUUAGUGGGGGUGGAAGUGGCACUGGGGCCACCCCGGGGGCCCCCUUGUGCUGUACCCUAUGCCGGGAGCGGCUGGAAGACACCCACUUCGUCCAGUGCCCCUCCGUGCCCGGACACAAGUUCUGUUUUCCCUGCUCGCGCGAGUUCAUCAAGGCGCAGGGCCCGGCUGGGGAGGUGUACUGCCCCAGUGGCGACAAGUGCCCGCUGGUGGGCUCCUCCGUCCCCUGGGCCUUCAUGCAGGGCGAGAUUGCCACCAUCCUUGCUGGAGACAUCAAGGUCAAGAAAGAACGGGACCCCUAGGCCAGCACUGCCAUCAGGCUACUGGCCCCCGCCCCUCGCCACCCACCGCUGCCGCGGGUAAAUUAUUCCCUCCCCCACCCAGCCCGUGCCGCCCCCCUGUGUACAUACCCCCUUCCUCAUCCCAGUUGGGUCCCCUGGGUAGAUGCGUUGAGGGUGGGGGGAGAAAGCUUGUGGCUUGUGUCCGGGGGAGUGUUUGGGGUCCCUUGGCCCCUCUGGUUUCCCUCUCCCCUUCCUGGCUUGGCUUUGCUGCUGCUUGUAGUUGGGGGAGAGGUGUCCCCUCCUCCUUGAGACGGGGACUCCCGAAAUCUCGCUCUUUAUAAACGAAGCAAAAGCAUUUUAUUGCCCACCCUCCUUCCACCCCCUUUCCUCCUUCAAUAAACCUGAAGAUGGGUUUUU